UUGCAAGAAGUUUGGGAACUUAACAAGGAAGAUAUUGACAUGGAUUUCAAUGAUAAACAGUUACCAUCUGUCAAUAUAAAUACCAUAAGUUCAAUGGAUAAAGUUAAAUGUCUUGUUAACUGGCUGCUCAUUUUUGUGUGUUUGUGGUCAUCUUUCUGCAGUCUAUCAGACAAUGCUGUUGAUAUUCUGCUUAGCUUUCUAAAGAGUUUCUUCGAAGUACUUGGCUCAAUUGUCCCCAUGGUAACUGGUAUAGCUUUACUUGUUCCAAAGUCAUUGCAUUUACUUAGGAACAAUUUAGGAUUGAACAAAGACAAGUUCAUAAAGUUUGUAGUUUGUCCGAAAUGUGAAAACUUGUAUGAUUUUAAUGACUGCUAUGAAUUAAGAUUUGGAAAAAAUAUAUCAAAGAGGUGUACAUUUGUUGAAUUUCCUCACCACCGGCAGUCAUUUCGUCGUACAAAAUGUAAUGAAACACUUUUGAGAGAGGUGCAGCUCAAGGGAGGUGAAACAAGACUGUACCCAUUCCGAGUGUACUGCUAUAAUAGCAUAAUCUCCACCUUGGAACAAUUCCUAAAACGCCCAACAUUUAUGGCAAAAUUAGAGAGCUGGAGACAAAGAAAUGUCCCACAURGAAUGCUAGCUGAUGUGUUUGAUGGCAGAAUUUGGAAAGAAUGGCAGUAUGUUGAUGGAAAACCAUUUUUAGCUGCACCUCAUAAUUAUGCAUUCAUGACCAAUGUUGACUGGUUUCAACCUUUCAAACACUCAGUUUAUAGCGUUGGUGCUAUAUACAUGGUUUUGAUGAAUCUUCCAAGAUCAGAAAGAUUCAAACCUGAAAAUGUCUUUUUGGUAGGAAUAAUUCCUGGACCAAAAGAGCCAAAGGGAAAUAUAAACACCUAUCUUCAACCCCUGGUUGCAGAGCUUAACAAAUUAUGGACAGGUGUUAAAGUAAAAGUUGGAACACAAGAUGUGCUAAUUCGUUGCGCAUUGCUAUGUGUUGGGUGUGACAUUCCAGCUACACGAAAAGUGUGUGGUUUUACAGGACAUUGUUCAAAUCUUGGAUGCUCUAAGUGUAAAAAGUUUUUUCCUGGCAAUGUUACAACAAGAAUUGAUUUUUCAGGCUUUGAACCAUGUGAAUGCCGCACAAAUGAAGAACAUAGGAGACAAGCUAAUGAAAUUAACCAACAAACAUCAGCUGGUGAUCGAAGUGCCAUGGAAUCACAAUAUGGCACACGCUUUAGUGAAUUGAUGUCUUUACCAUAUUUUGACUGUGUACGUUUUCACAUUGUGGAUCCUAUGCAUAAUCUUUUUACGGGAACAUCCAAACAUGUCAUGAAAAAUAUUUGGCUUGACUCAGACUCUCCUUUACUCACAAAAAAUCAACUGAAUAUUAUUCAGGAAAAGAUUGACAAUGUUAAAGCACCAUCAAGUAUUGGAAGAAUGCCUAAAAAAAUCGAAAAUAGCUAUGGAGGGUUUACUGCUGACCAAUGGAAGAAUUUCACAAUCCUCUACUCUGUGUUUGCUCUCUGGAAUAUUUUACCUAAAGAAGAUUUACAACUUUGGCAAGAUUUUGUGCUAGCAUGCUCAUUAUUCUGUAACCCCUUUAUCACAGAACUGAAAACUCGUCUUGCAAGUAAUUAUAUCAUAAAGUUUUGCAAGGCAGUUGAAAAGAGCUUUGAAAGGUACAAUGGCAUUCUUGGGGAAUAUGGAACAAAUCACAAGUCUGUUGAAAUACAACUUAUGAGAAAAUUUACUUCUGACCAAUUUUUGAAAGACAUGCCAUUGCCUAUAAUUUUUCAAGACAAAUUUAAACCUAUAUUUGAAAGGCUAUAUCAACAACCAUUUGGAAAAUAUUUAGGGCUUCCUCUACUGUUGAAGGGCAGUUUAAACCCGCUGUGUCCAAAAUGUACUCAAAAUAUUCUCGGUAAAGAAUCACAUCUUCAUCUUCACUUUCCUGUUCACAAUGUUGAUCCAUUUCUGAUGCCUCUUGUUCAGAUACUUGAACUAAGCAAUCUUCUAGGCUAUAAUACUCUGGCAAGAAGUACAUUACAUCUGGAAUACCUGUAA